AUGACGACGACUUCAAGUCGUCUUGCGCAAGCAGACUACAGUUCGCUAGGCGGCGGUCCCCAACCAACAGAGGACUACAAACCCGUGCGCCCAAUCUCCGUCACCAAAAACGCCAACCCAGACUGGAAAUACGGCCAAGGAGCGACCGACAAUGGUUCAUCACUCACGAAGAAACACAUCGAGAUCGACCCUUACGCCCCCGGACGACCAAUGUUCCACAACUACACCCUCCUCAUAUCCGGCAUCGUUCCCCGACCGAUCGGCUUGACAAGCACGCUCUCGAAAGACGGCAAGCCGAACCUAGCACCUUUCAGCUACUUCCAAGUCGUAGAUCACGAUCCGCCCGUGUUCGUGAUAGGAUUCUCGGGGCGGGCUAGUGGGCCGAAGGAUACCUUGAAGAAUCUGGAGGAGACCGGGGAGUGUGUGCUCAACGUGGUUUCAGAGCACAUGAUGGAAGCCGUCAACGCCACAUCUCUCGACGCUCCGCCGGGGACUUCUGAGUGGGCGAUCUCGGGGUUAUAUAAAGCGCCGAGUUCGACGGUCAAACCUGCCAGGGUGCAAGAGUCGAUCUUCUCCAUCGAGGGCCGACUCAUUCAGACAGUGGACUACAAGACUUCUCGCCCGUCAUCAGGGGCACAUGGAAAGCUUGCGAUCAUCGAAGGGACGCGUUUCUGGGCGCGGGAAGACGCGAUCGAUGCGGAUGGCAAGCAUCUUGAUAUCGAUGUAUUGAGGCCACUAGGACAAUUGGGGGAUAUUAGCUAUUCGCGGAUUACGGAUACGUUUAAGUUGGCGAGGUCGAGUUGGAAGGCUGCAACAAAAGAACAUGGCGAGACGUUGAAGGAACUAGCGAGGGACGGGGAAGGAGACAAAGAUGAAGACAAAGACAGUUAG